ACAAAAGGAGCAUGUUAGCAGUCAGACGUACACACUAGAGGAACAGGCACGAUGAGUGGAAGGAAGAGAUCAGUGGGAGUUAUUGGAGCUCCUUUCUCAAAGGGGCAGCCAAGAGGUGGAGUGGAGGAAGGCCCAAGGUAUAUCAGAGGAGCUGGGUUGAUUGAAAAACUGGAAGGACUGGACUAUGAUGUGAAGGAUUAUAAUGAUCUGCAGUUUCCUGAUUUACCUAAUGAUGAAGCAUUCCAAAAUGUGAAGAAUCCCCGAACAGUUGGACAAGCUACUGAGAGAGUGGCCAAUGCAGUCGCAGAGAUCAAGAAGUCUGGCAGAGUGUGUCUAGUCCUUGGUGGAGAUCACAGCUUGGCAGUUGGGACGAUUGCAGGUCAUGCUAAGGUUCACCCUGAUCUGUGUGUAGUUUGGGUUGAUGCCCAUGCAGAUAUCAACACUCCAUCAACAUCACCAAGUGGUAACCUACAUGGGCAGCCAGUCUCUUUCCUAAUAAAAGAGCUGAAAAACAAGAUGCCAGAGAUCCCAGGAUUCUCUUGGGUGAAGCCAUGUCUGUCUGCCAAAGACAUUGUAUACAUUGGACUAAGAGAUGUUGACCCUGGAGAACACUACAUUCUGCAGACACUUGGUAUCAAGAGCUAUUCAAUGUCUGAUGUGGACAGACUGACAAUUAACAAAGUGAUGGAAGAAACACUUGAAUAUUUAGUUGGCAAGAAAAAAAGACCCAUCCACUUAAGUUUUGAUAUAGAUGGACUGGACCCCAGUGUGGCACCAGCUACUGGAACACCAGUCCAUGGAGGACUGACUUAUAGAGAGGGAAUGUACAUCACAGAACAUCUUUACAAAACAGGAUUGCUAUCUGCUGUGGAUUUGAUGGAAGUCAAUCCAUCUCGUGGAGAAACUCAGAGAGAUUCUCAGCUGACUGUGAACACCGCUGUUGAUAUGAUAUUAUCCUGCUUUGGUAAAGCACGAGAGGGAUAUCAUGGAUCAUCGCAGCAUCUCCCAGAUCUCAGCUAAACCAUUACAGCCUCUGUAAUGUCCAUGUCUGUUACACAUCCUUUUUAUGUUUUUUUGUAUUAUUUGCUUUGUAAUUGAUGUUUCUUUAAUGAGUGAUAUAUAGUAUACAUGUUGUCUCUUAUAACAAUUAUUACUGUAUGUGAAUUAGUGUAAUACCUUUUUAUCUUUUAAUAUUCAUUGCUUAACAAAUGAUAGCAUAAUAUAUGGAAACAGCACCAGCAAUAUUUAGGUAAUGUUACCUAUUUGGCAAAAUUACUUCAAGCAGGAACGUUCAACACUUGUCAUUUCACGCCUAAGACACAAGUCUACUGUUUAAGAGGCCUAUUAUAUUCCAAAAGCAACGCAAAUGAUUUUCAGAACUUUUAUUAAUGUGGGAGGUCUUGGAGUUUUAAAUUAUUCAGAAUAAAACCGAUCACAGGAGCAGACUCCAUAGUUCUCUAUGGGGACAGUGUUAUGCACUUAUUUCAAAAAAACUCUGAAAAUGUUUUUUUUCAACUAUUGGGGCAGCGUGGCUGGAGACUGAACUUUUGAUUGCUCCCCAAUGGGCCAGAGCUGUUCACGAUGCCCAUUGGAUUUGCUUUAGUUUGCACAUACUCACAGCUCAUAUCCUCAGUGACAGCCCAAUGAUACCAUACAUCUAUACAAUAGAACAUUCCAAAUCACCACAACACGGAAUGUAAAUUUUGGGGCAUUUAUGCAAUUGGUGAUAAAUGGCAACUAAAUUUGUUGUAAUUGGACAACAGGACAGGGAGCAUCCUAUUGCAGCUAAUCAUUUGUACGUGGUCUGAGCCCACCUCAUACUAGUGCAGAAAUAGUGCAUGCCUUUAUUGGUAUUUAAGUAGCCUAAUAGAAAAUGACCCCAUAGUUUAGAGUAGGGCACAUUUUCAAUAAAUGGUCAGUAAAUGACAGAAAUCCUGUUUCCCUUCAUACUUGCACUUAUUAGUAAUUGCCAUAAUACCUCAUAAUGACAGUAAAGUUAAAUACAGCCAUAUAUUAAAACCAGUACAAAAUGAUCAAAGUGUUGCAUUAUAGUGUAAAGUUAUACAAUUUAUUUAACACAACACAAAUGUCUAUGUAUGCUUAGUGCCCACCCCUGUACUAGACAAAGUUAAGCAAUCACUAUGUACAGGCUAUGAUUAAACUGGUAAGCUAAUUAAAGCCUUACAGUAGCUUUACUUCCUACAGUAAUUCUUUAACUUGCUUCUUCUCCAAUAAAGUCAGAUACUAUUUUACCUUAAAGCACAAAGUUGUGCUGGGAUGUGCUGAUACAGGUUGUGGGUUACCAGAUUGUAUAUGAUAAUGCCAUUGGCACAUGGAGCAAAUAUGACAAAGAAACAGCUGGUAGAUACAGUAUAAUUCUUCAUCCUCAAUUACACAAUAGAAUCAGAAUCAGAAUCGACUUUAUUGGCCAUGUACACUCACGUAUAUUAGGAAUUUUUGCGGUUUACAAUGCUUCGCCAAAUAACAACAUAAAAAGAAUAAACAUUACAUAGUACAUUUUAUAACAUACAUACCCACAUUACAUACAUUGUUUAUAAAACACUGUUUACAAUUACAUAGCAGCUCGUUGUGCCAGACUUGUUAGGCAUAAUUUUGUAAGUGGACAGCUAACGUAAAGAAGCUUUUUUUGGUUCUGGUCAACUUGGCGAGAAUGGACCUGUAACGCCUGCCUGAUGGAAGUGUUUCAAACAGGACGUGACCAGGGUCCAGUUUGUCUGCUAUGAUUUUCCCUGCCCUCUUCUUGACUCUGGACAGGUAGAGGUCCUGAACAGAGGGGAGAACGGCACCAACAAUCUCUUCUGUGUCUGAUCAGAUAGUCAGAUCAGUAUAAGACAACAUUCUCUGCAAGUCACAUGUAUGAACAAAUGGAAGGAUACAGUGUUAAUAAGCGACAGCAGGCAUAGCUACAACAUUUUAGAAUGAUAAAUGGUGUAAUACUUUACUUUUAUAUCAAUUGUUUGCAUUAGGGAAACAAAAAUGUAAACAUUUAAAGAAAACCAGGUUUAAAUAUAUGUGAAUUUGUGUAAAUUCUAUGAAUUAGUAUACUACCUCUAUUUGCACCCUCCCCCCUACACUCUAACUCAGGUCAUGCUCUUGUUGUUUUCACUAUAAUUUGCCCCAUGUUUGCAUAUAUCCUACAAGGCCUCACAUCUUGCCUCCGGUCCUCCACCCUCUUUACCCCUCUAUCCUAAUAUGCCUCUGCUGUCCCCCAACCAGUGGCGGAACUAGUGAGCGGUGGGCCCAGGUGCGACAAAAUGCUUUGCCCCCCCCCCCCCCCCAAGUCCACCCCCUCACCCCUGGAGAGGAUCUGGUGAGGGGGACCUGCUCAGGGCCAGAGAAAUGGAUACCUAGCAACAGUGCCAUAACUAGACAUUUUAGCACUGUGUGCAAGAAACGGCAUCGAAGCCCCACCCCUGCAUGCAAAAGAGGGGCAGUGCGCGGCGUAGGCGCGCGCAAAAAUACAUAGUGGCGUGGCUUCGUGGGGAAGGGGUGUGGCCACAAAAUAAUACCAAUUCAUAAAAUGGUGAACAGUAGUCUCCAUUAUCCAAAUUACGCCGCACAGUAGCACCACUACACCAGGUAGAGACCCUUUUUACACCUUACGGCAGACAGCGUCCCCCUUUUUACACAUUGCGGCAGACAGCGAGAAAGAAAGAAAGAAAGAAAGAAAGAAAGAAAGAAAGAAAGAAAGAAAGAAAGAAAGAAAGAAAGAAAGAAAGAAAGAAAGAAAGAAAGAAAGAAAGAAAGAAAGAAAGAAAGAAAGAAAGAAAAUACUUACCCUCUCCGCUGGCUCAGGCUCCUCGGUGCAGCUUCUGGUCACUCACGAUUCCCGGGCAGGAGAGAAGGAGGAGGGAGGUGGAGGAGGGAGCCGCAGCAGCGCUGUGUUAUUGGUGGAGGCGCUGCUGCUGCUGCCCCUCUGCUUCACUAUAGGCUGUUCUCGGAAGACAGCCUAUAGUGAAGCAGAGGGGCAGCAGCGCCUCAACCAGUAACAAAAACGCUGCUGCGGCUCCCUCCUCCUCCUUCCCCCGUACCGCUGCUCCGCUCCUCUCUGGGCGGCUGUGCGCUGCGGGCAGUGGUUGCCCGCAGCGCACAGCGGCAUGUAAUGAGUACAGUUUGACUCAUUACAUGCUUUGGGCCCCUGGACAGAGGCAGGCCCCAGUGCAACGCACUGGCGGUAGUUCCGCCUCUGCCCCCAACCUUCUCAUCCUAUCUGUCGAACAACAUUACGCUCCAGUCACUGUUACUAGACAGUCUCAUCCUCCCAGUGUUAUACUGGGGUAUGAAGGGCCCACCGACGAUAUGCUGUUGUAGAGGCCCAUGCUGAAGAGUGUGGCCAGGCUCCAGUAAGGGUGUGGCCAGCCACCACAGAGGUUUGGCUAACCAUUACAGAGUACAUGUUCUAUGCCCCUUGGUGAAUAUAUAAUAAACCAAAUUUUUGUGAAGUAUAAUGUAACACAUAUGUACAAUAAAUAAUUCAAGUGCCUGAUCCCUAGAGUAGGAGGAGGGCCCACAGGCAGUGGGGCCCACCGGGAGUGUACCUCUGUACCCAUGUGAGCAAGUCCGGCCCUACAUCCUCCUCAGUUUCCCCUGUGGACCACUAAGUUCAUUGUCCCACCUCACCCCAAUGUGUAUUACCCCUCCUUCUACAUUUUAUGCUUUUGUGGGCAGGGUCUCAACCGUAUUCCCAAUACAGCAUGGAUGGCCAUGUUAUAAGCUAAUAUGAUUAUAUGGAUGAUGGGUGGGUCAAGUCCAUCACUUUUGCCAGGGGUUGUCCGGACUCCUAGGUACGCUCCUAUAUGGCAUUUAAUAUGUCCUGUACAGAUAAGAUAAAUGCUCAUACAGGAAUAGAUAAUGCAUGGCAGACAACUUGCUUUGGGAACCUAAAAGAAAACUAGCCUGGGUUAGCAACCAGAUUGUUCUUUGGAUACACACCCUCCAAAAAACAUCAUCUGUGCUCAUGAGAAUUUGCUUGCCCAGUUCUUUGAAUAUUCAUCUAUUCAACAAUCACUUUGGUAUUGCACACUCAAGGUAAUUCUCUAUGGCUGAGCUUUGCUAGUUCACUUAACAUUCAUCAUUUUAGCUUUACUUUAGUGACAUUUAUAUCAGGAUUUGGAAGCUAGUCCGAUUCUGCAAAAUUGCAAUGAGAUUAAAUAACUAGAAGAUGGUGACUAGACAUAAACAUAGUCUAUGGCAUCUUUAAUUGUGUAUAAUGGAAAAUUGGCGGCAUUUAUAUUUAAAAUGUAAUGAUCAAGAAACAUGGAGUUCUUGUGGCAAAUCAAUGACUUUGUAAUAAUAUGCUUUAUUUUGUUGUAUAUACCUCUGCCAUUUUUGGGUUUGUUGUGUAAAUUAAAAUGUAUAAUAAAUGGAAAAAAAUAUUUUCAAAUUA